CGCGAAUGAACUGGCAUCAGUCGAAUAAAAGCAACCAAAGUAUUCACAUCGAAUUAAAUAAAAAACCAACGCUAUUAUUUUUAAAUAAUAACAAAAUCAUUAAAAAAUCAAUCAAUCUUUAAGUAAAAAUAAAAGUGAGAUUAAAAAAGUGACAAUUUAAUUAAUAAAUUUGUGCCAUUAACAAAUUGUUAAAAAAAAAAAAUCAAAAGAUUAUUUUAAUCUUUAAAACAGUAUCAAGUUCAAGUUAAUUUAAAGAAAGUUAAUUUAUCAAGAUGUCUCUCGUACCAAUGUUAUUCUCAAACUGGUGGGAAGAUUUGGAUCAUCCUCAUCAUAUUUUUGAUCAAGAUUUUGGAGUUGGAUUGAAUCAUGAUCAGUUGAUGACACCACAAAUGUUUCAUCGUUACGUGGCUCCAACACCAAGAAGACAUCAUGUCUUGGCUCGUCCAUCUAAUUAUCUUCGUCCAUGGGCUGAACUUCUUCGCAAUGCUGAAUCAGCAACAUCAACAGUCAAACCUGACAAGGACAAGUUCCAAGUUAUCCUUGAUGUUCAGCAAUUUAAGCCUGAAGAGAUCAAUGUCAAGGUCGUUGACAAAUUUGUCACUGUUGAAGCUAAACAUGAAGAAAAACAAGAUGAGCAUGGCUGGAUUUCACGUCAAUUCCAACGUAAAUAUUUGAUUCCAGAACAAUGUGAUCUUGCUCAAGUUUCUUCAUCAUUGUCAUCAGAUGGUGUACUCACAAUAACAGCACCAAAAAAAGCUGAACUUGCUGUUGAAAAUGAACGAAGCAUCAAGAUUGAACACACUGGUAAACCAGCCAUUCGUGAAGCUGAAAAAAAACAAGAAGCUGUCAAGGACAAGAAGGAUGCUCCCCAAAAUGGAAAAAAAUAAAUACUUGAUUCAGUAUUAUAUUCUCCAUUAAAAAAAAAACCAAUGACUGUCUCUUAGACUCUAAAUAUUACACUAUUAUUAUUAUUAUAAAUGUACCAUGUACUCUUUUUUUUUUUUCUCUUUUGCAUUUUUUAAUUGAGUGUGAUACAACUUUUGAAAAAAAAAAAAAAAUGUUGUGAUUGUAAUUAUAAGUUACAUACUCAAUAGUAUUUAAUAAAAAUUAAUAAUUUUUCUCAUA